AUUGUGUUGGCGACACUGUCGUGUCCAUAACCUCACAAAAACAUUACGUAAAGAAAAACAAGUCAAAACUAUGUCGGGGGUUUUGAAGCAGACGACGGGGCUCACGGGGCUGGCCGUUUCGAAGAACCCUCACCACACUUUGGGUGUGUUGUACGGCAAAAUCCUGCGAACCUUGCAGAAGAUGCCCCAGGAGGCAGCAUACAGGAAAUACACCGAGGAGAUAGUCAACGAGAGGGCGCAGGCCCUGAAGCAGAAUACGACAGUCGAGGGGAUUGAGAGACAAGUGGGUUGUGGGCAAGUCGAGGAACUUAUAGUCCAAGCUGAGAAUGAACUGAUCCUGGCUCGCAAAAUGUUGACCUGGAAGCCUUGGGAGCCCCUUCUGAAGGAGGCCCCCGCGAACCAGUGGGCCUGGCCACCGGCGAAGCCGCCAAAAACGUGUUAGAAAAUUGUUGUACAGCUUAGAAAAUUAGAAAUAAAUAAAUAAACCCUA